GAGAGAGAGAGAGAGAGAGAGAGAGAGAGAGAGAGACCAGCCAAUUGGCAGUGUACUCACCUGAUUGCAGGGUCUGGUUUUCACCCUCUGCAGCAGCAGCGGGUCAUUUCAUCCGCGGCAUUGAGAAUGAAGUGAUCACCUCCUCCGCUUCACCUGCAACAGUUUCACAUCUUCACAGACGCCUUCCUGUCACUCAGAGCAUCGCCAUGAAACACAGCAAACCGAUUGCGCUGGAUCGCCACGAGAUUCAUGUCCUGCUGGAUUUGAUCGGUGGAUACGGUGUCGCGGUCGCCGUGGGGAUCCUUGCCAUGCUGUCGGUGUGCGCCGCGUUCUUCAUUUACCGAUCCGUAGGUCAGCGUGGGAAGGCUUGCGAGAAUAACGGGAGCGAGACGACCGCAGCAACGGAAGAUGGAAGUGAGAGAGGGGAUCAGCCUACCGAGACCGAGUCAACAGGUGAAUAUCAGGAAGCAAAGACAUGCUGCAGUGAAUCAGAGUCUACAGAUGAUAUAAACCUCUUAGCCUCUGACAACAUCCUCCUUCCUACUGAUGUAUCAGAGAAAGACCUGAAUGAAAGCACUCUCAGAGACCUUGAGGAGAUUACAGAUGAGCUCUUAACAGAAUUGGAACUCGAAUCAGAAGGCAAAACGGACUCUGAUCUGGAUCAAUGCAUGGAAAUGGAUCCUGACAAACCCGAUGAUAAACUGGAGUCUGAGGAUCACAGUGAGCAUGAGGAUGCUGGUCGUGAAUGUGUGGAAGAUAUCUGUGAGGCUUUGGCUGACGUUAAUGUACAGUUCACCCGAUUAGAUGAGACCGAUGAGCCGGUCAAGGAGGAAACGGAGGAGCAUUUAAAAGAUCAUGACAAGUCUGAGACAGGGUUGAGCUUGAGCUUGGACAGGUAUGAGCCGUCUGAAACGGAAAGCGCCCAGGAGAUCAUUUAUAAGAGACAUCAAGAUGUUAUCGCAUGUACAACUCAGGAGGACGAUUUGCAUGGUCACGUAUUCACCGCUCAAAGUAAGUAUAUUUCAGACCAAGCUGUAGAUCCGUCCACUGAUAAGAUCAGAUUUGAGGUCGACCACAAAAAUUUAACUAUGGAGGAGAAUACAAAAACCAAGUUUGAGGAUCACCACGAUUGGCGUUUCCCAAGGACAAAAGACUUGGAUUGCUGUUGCUACGAUAAAAAGACAGAUAUGGAGGAAAAAAUGAAAUGCCGACCAUGGUUUCACUGCGGAAGCCCAGAUGUGGACACACUGAUCAAACACCACAGCAACAGGUUUGACUAUCCCCUGCAAAACUAUUUGGGCUUCCAAACUGACAGUUCCUUCAUUGGUGGAUCCUCCACACAGGUGAGCCUCUCAGGUGAGAGAAAAUCAGAUGAGGACGGUGUGGCAAUGGAGAAGAAACAUGAACGCAAGAAUGAGAUUAGCAUCAUGGACGCCAUUAUGGAUAAUAAUGAGUGGCUGAAUGUAGGUGGGCAAGAGUUCAGAGAUCUUCCCUGGUUAACCCAGACUGCAACCAGCGCAUCGUCCAUUGACGAAAACCGCGCGAAAGAAGGAAAAGAAGAGAUCGUUGUCACACUGAAGGACAGUUUAGCUAAAGAAGACGAAGAGCUGGCAAACAAAAGGGUAGCAACCGUUCAGCCCCUACCACAACAGGUUCACGUCACCUUCAGAAUUCAUUACAUUACAUACUCAUCCAGCCAGCUGGUGGCUGUUACGGGGAGCCUGCAGGAGUUGGGGGCUUGGGAGAGCUUUGUUCCGCUCCACGGAGCCAAGGAUGGGUUUUGGGCCAACACCAUCACCCUCCCCAUGGAGAGCCAGGUGGAGUGGAAGUUUGUCCUGGUGGAGGACGGAAAGAUCUGUCGAUGGGAGGAGUGCGGUAACCGCUAUCUUGUUUUUUCUGGCCAGGAUGAAGAGCUUUAUCUUAAUAAGUGCUGGGGAUGUAUUUGAACUGAAGGGGCGAUCGUCUCCUUUCAACUCUAUACAGCAAUAAUAAUCCAUAGUGCUUUAUUAAAAUCCAAUACUGUGUGUAAGCUUAUACUGUAAUACUGAUUAAUAAUGAAUUAUUGAACUAAAGCAUGAGGCUGUGGAACUGUUACUAUAGCAAUAAGAUGAUAAUAUAACCAAUAUGCACUUUUUUACUUUUACUGUGUAAAUGAUGUGCUUGUGUGUUAAUUGUAACUAAAGGCGUGCUUCGUUCUUAAAGGAACAGUUCACCCAAAAAUGAAAAUUAUGUCAUCAUUUACUCAAGUUGCUUCAAAUCUGUAUGCAUUUUAUUGUUACAUUGUACACAAAAGAAGAUAUUCAGAAGAAUGUUUGUAAACUAACAGUUCUGGGGCACCAUUGACCAUAGUAGGAAAUGAAACUACUAUGGUAGUCAAUAGUGCCCCAGAACUGUUUGGUUUCCCACAUGCUUCAAAAUAUCUUCUUUUGUGUUCAACAAAACAAAGAAAUGAAUGCAGAUUUAAAACAAUUUGAGGGUGAGUAAAUGAUGCCAGAAUUUUCAUUUUUGGGUGAACUGUUUCUGUAAAACAUCAACCCCGUAUCAGCAACAAACCAAAAGUUUAAAAAUCCAGAAAAAAAGGCUUUUUAUUUUGUGUGUAUGGAAAAUCAAUAUUCUUCCAGAGAUUGCGAUCAUUUUGUUGUAUAAAAAAUGUAUCUCAAAAUGCUUUCUCAAUAAUCAAUUAUAUUGCAACAAUCAUAUUGAUGAAGAUUCUCUAUGUCAGAGCUUUGCAAAUUAUCUAAGGACAUGAAUCUUUGUAUUGUCUCAGUUUGUAAAUGUUAUUUUAGUUGAUUUUAGGCCAAAUGCAUAUUCUACACAAGUCAAAUGCAGACUGCAGUUCGCAAAGGAGUGAUCAUGUCUGCAAAGAUAAACCGGAUGUUCCAUUAGAUCAUUCAGUUGUGCUACACUAACAUCAGAAUGCAUCGUUUCAUUCUUGUUUGCCUUUACUGUCUAAUUUCGUCCUUAGAUUCUAUGCGGUUUCAUUUGAGAAAAUAGUACCAAAACAAUGAAUGAACAAAAUGUUUAAUUUAUCACAACGUUUGCCUUAACAAAAUGAUUAACACGUGCUGCUCACACUUUGUACUAAACCUUUUGUUUGAAUUUCCGCUUUAACUCUUCUUGUUUCUUUCGGUGAAUUUCAGGUGUAAUACUGUUUCUGUCAGCAGAUUGUUUAAUCCAAUAAAAUAUAUUGUAAUAUUGAAUACGA